AUGCAAGACGCGCCCGGGCCGGCGGGCGGGCGGCGGGUCGUCCUCGUCCCCAAUGGCGAGUAUGACCCUCGCAUCGCGAUGCGGAUGGUCUACGGAGCGCCAUACAAAGAGGUCGUGCGAGCAAUCGGCAGCAAGCUAGCCUUGAUUUCAGGAAGCCAGGCGAGUAUCGAUGACGCACAACUCGAGCGCGCGCGAUUCUAUCUGAAGGACGGCUCGAUGGUCACCGACUUUGACGUCCUAGAAAAGGACGACCUGCUCUUUGUCGCCUUUGCCGGCCAACCGUUCAUUCCGAGGGGACCCCCAGCCCCGCCGCGGCACCGGCCUCCGACGCACGUGCUGCCCCCUCCGGGUGUGGCGCCGCCGAACCGGAGGUUCGUCAAGGACCGGAAGGAGCAGGUGGAGCGGCAGAAGUAUCAGGAGGAGGAGGCGCUCGCCGGGAACCGGAUCAUUGAGGGCGCUGCACUCGACCUGAAGGGGGGGGUGGCGGGGGCGGCGGGGCCCGGGUAUGGGGUGGCCGGGGCGGGCCCCGCGGUCGGGAUCAUGUCGCGGGGCGGCGUGGGCGGGCUGGCGACGGACGGUCCUGCGAGUCGCGCCUUUGGGUCGAGCGGCGGCGCGGACAAGUCGCUGGUCGAGCGCGCAAAGGGGUGCAUGUGCAUCAAGGACAGCAGCAAGGAGUCGCGAGGCCUCUCCUCCGACGGAAAGGACGACCAGGGCAAGGUGAGCGAGGGGCCGAUGCUGUGGAAGUCGGCCGCGCUGGCGGUGCUCGUCAUCAUGGCGUGCGCCGCUGCGUGGAUGCUUCUCGACGCCGCCGUCGCCGCCGUGACGACUCGCUUCACCGCGCCGAGCUGCGAGCAGCUCGGCUCGCCCGCCGGCUGCAAGCCGCUGCCGCGCGGCUGCCACCCGCCGCCGCCGUGGAUGCUUCCGCUCCUCGAGAGCGCGGCGGAGGAGGCUCUCGAGCGGAUGCCGACGCCGCCCUUCCCGCCCGCCGCCGCCGACACCACCCUCCCGCUCGAUGAGCGCUCGUGGCACGACGAGCUGCUCUGGGCGCACUCGGGCGAGCGGCUCUCGCUGCGCCGCGCGGCAGUGCAGUCCCUCUCCUACCAGGAGAGCCCCCUCGCAAACUCGUCGGGCCCCUUGAUCGAGCUGGGCGCGUGCUGGGCCGCCUCCGCCUCGCGCGCACAGCUCGUCCCGGACGGACUCGUGUUCCGCUUCUACGGCAUCAGCGCCCUCCUCGCCGCCGAGUACGCCGUCCUCCCCUCCACCGGCCACGACGAGCUCGGCGAGUUCGCCUUCGGACGGCGCCGAGCGCUGGCGGCGCGGCCGGCCGGCGGCGGUGCUGCGGCGGCCGGCAGCGCGGCCGGCGGCGGCGGUGCUGCGGCGGCCGGCAGUGCGGCCGGCGGCGGCGCUGUGGCAGGCAGGCGACGGCCUCUGUGGCUGAGCAGAGGCGGCGGGUCGUCGGAGAGCGGUUUGCUGUCUCGGUGGGCGCAGCCGCGCGGCGCGGAGCUUCCUGCGGAGGGCGGGGAGGGCGGCGGUCCUUGCACCACACCGUCUUGCUGGGCGGAGUGGGGGGCGAUCGAGCUUGAGGCGUCGGGCGGCCUCUACCUCGACCACAUCCCGCUCGUCGACCGCGGCCGCGCCGGUGUCAACGUCAGCGGCUGCUCGGGCGCCUUUGAGGCGGCGGCGGCCAACGCGACCCGGGCGGGCGGCGGGGGGGAGGAGUACGGCGGCAGAGUGGAGGCGUCUGCGGCACGGAGCAGCCUCGCUUCGUCGGUCGCGCCGCUGCUCUGCGACUGGAUCAGCGCGACGAACAUGAGCGGCGACCCGUUGCGAGACGCGGCGACGAGCGCCUUUCUCGCCGCCAACCCGGCGGAGGCGUGGGCGGACGAGGCGGGGCACGGACGCAUCGGCGCCGGGGGUGCGGAGGCGGGCGGGGCGUCCGCCCGCCGCCAGCUGGCUGCGGGCGGCGGGGCGGGCGAGGGGGCGGGGAGGGGCGUGGAAGGGGCGGGGCGGGGUGUGGAGGGGGCGGGGAGGGGCGGGGAGGGGGCGGGGCGGUCGCUGGCGUACGAGGCCGAGUACGACCAGGUGCAGCGCGUUGUCGCGGGCAGCAACGACCGCGCGAUCGACAACUUGGGGCUCGGUGCCUCUUCCGGCGGCGCCUACCUCGCCGGCGCGGGCGCGAGCGGGCCGUGGCGCGGGAUGAGGCGCGAGAUGGACGCCUCGCUCGAUGCGGUGAUGCCGCUGCUGCUCGCAAAGGCAGACUAUAUCACGCGAGUCCUGUGCGUGCUCGUCGGCUUCGUCGCCUUCUUGACCGCCGGCGUCGUCCUGACGUUUUGCCGCUGCGGCGCCGCAGACAACUACCAGGUUGGCGCCGGGAGCUGCUGCUGCCUGAAGAUCGAAGGGUAUGAGUCGGCGAGCGGCGGCGCGUGCUGUUGCGUCGCGAUCCGCGAGGUGCCGAAGCCGCGCCGCAAGGACGACGGCAAGGACUGCUUCUCGGUCAUCCACCACUGCAUACACGUUUGCGACUGCUGCGACAAGUGCUGCGACUAG